AAAGCCUGUGUUAGGGUGAACUACAUUACCCAGCAGCCUCUGGGCAGUGAUGGGAUUCAUGGGAUUUCGGAGCUGGAUGGUGUUCGUUCGUUCCUGGGCUGGCGAUUGAGGAGAGAGCUGCGGGGAAGGGAAGCAAAUAGCCCAUCCUGUAUUUGUUGGGGAUGGUGUGCGUCAAUUAAAAAAACCACACCAUAUCACCCCUCCACAUCCUCCUACUGUAUGCCAUACCUUCCUGUACCAUCCAUCUGACCGCCAAUAAACUCCACCUGUGGUAAUCUAAUCCCUGGAUGUCAGCCUCUCCUUCUGACCGAGGAUAGUUACUAUUGCAGCACACCCCAGCAUUAAACUGACGUACACCAUUCUGUACAAAGUGGUCCUUCGAGCCGGAUGUGCUGCACCUGCAUGACAUGGCUGCCUCCAGAGAUCAGGAUGAUGCACAGAGUCCCCGUCCUAGCAGGAGCCAUCGAAUCCCUGGACAUCUGGAGGACUAUGAGUUGUCCUACCGUACCCGUGGGCCAAGGCUGUCACCCAAUCUAACAGAGGAGGUUAUGAUGGCACCGUCAAACUCCCACUACACAAGGAGGCCGGAUGUGGAAGAGAUAAGAUGGCGAAGAAUGGAGGAUUGUCUGAUUAAUAUCCAGCAUCAGAUGCGAUCUCUGCAAGUGACUGUAGCAGAGUCCCGUGACCUUAACAAACGGGUGCAGCGACUAGAGCAGCUCACCCCUCCAGUGCCAAAGGGGCCAUUAAUGGAGGUGGAACCAAUGGCUUCAGCUGUCUCUACACCAAAUCCUACGGAGAGGGAGCCCAAAUCGAUUCAGGAGGGGGAGAGAAUUACAGAGCCCGUCCUUGUGAUGUCAGCUCCUUUAGCCCUACUCCCUGGCACUUCCACUGCACCCGUUGGGCCACCCACAGAGCUCUCUAUGGAAAGAUCAGCGUCUGCUCCGAGAUUCACUUCACCAUGUCCUGACUAUCUUCUCACACCAGUGCAUCCAGCAACUCCUGCUCCACCUGCUGUAGCCAGCACUGCAGCUCCACCAGCAAUACAGAUGUCUGGGCCUCCUGUGCCAUCGCAGACACCUCAACCAGACCCUCCCUUAGUGGCCCAGCCGGCCACUAUGCAACCUUCUACUGCAAAGGAGGACGUCACUCGGGGUUUCCAGCCAUGGAUCCCCCCACUUCGCCCUCUGCCUCAACAGCCUCGAUAUGCUUCAUUCCAACCUGUGCUAGCUGCACAGGGACUUAGACCUCCACCAGGUAUGUUCCCAGCAGUAAACCACACGAGUUCAGAACCCAGUAUGUUGGAAAUGGUGAUUGCAUCCUCCUAUGGCCUCCCUAAACCUAAGCUCACUGUUUUCAGUUCUGGGAAGGAGAGUGACUUUGCCUUACUGAAGAAAGGACUGGAUAGUGUUCUUGGGCCUCACAAGCACUUGUCCGAGGAUUACAAGUAUCAGAUCUUGCUAGAUCACUUGAAGUUCCCAAGUGCAUUCCAAGUGGCUAAACGCUACAUCCAUGACCCAACUCCAUAUACUAGUGCAAUGAGGGCUCUUGAGCAGAAGUACGGCCAGCCAAGACAACUGGUACAGAGUGAACUCAGCGCCAUCCUGUGCACACCACACAUAAAACCAGGUGACUCACAAGCCUUUGAAGCUUUCUCCCUGUCAGUUGCCAGUCUAGUGGGGAUGCUUACCACGAUGGACGGGGUGGCAGAGAGUGAACUCCACUGUGGAUCCCACGUAGACCGAUUACUCACCAAACUCCCUCUGAGUUAUCGGGAUAACUUUGCAGAGUACUGCCUUAACCGAGGGAUCCUGCGGCCCGGAUCAAAUCGCACUUAUACCCUCUAUGAUCUAGCCGAGUGGUUGGAGCGCAAGACCCAAGCAAUGCAGGUCUCCCGACGGGCCACGGAGCUGUAUGCCUCAGAGAAGCCCUGGUUGGAGGGGAAAGUCAGUAGGCACUUGGAAACAAAACCCAAACCCAAGUUGGCCUCUGUGUAUUAUGGACCUGAAACCACGGCCACCAAACCACCUGCUUUGGCCCAUCCAGGUCCGAAGAAUGUUGCAAUGCAGAAGAAAAGAGAACGUUUCAAGCCUUACUGCCCUUUCUGUGAAGGGACAGAGCAUUACUUGAGUGGAUGUAAUGAGUUCUCCCGGCUGGAUGUGGCUGCGGUUGUGAACUGGAUCAGAGACAAGAAUAAAUGUUGGAGGUGUGGCAGGAACCAUUCUGCUGACAACUGCACGCUCAAGAAACCCUGCAGCACCUGUGGUGAGCAACACCUCCUUGUAUUACAUGGCCUUGCCAAGGCUAAAGAGCAGAACCCCAGUAUCCUGACCAUGUGCACAGCAUCCAGUGUCAUCUAUGUUGACCAUUCCAGUCACUCUGGGAGAGUGAUGUUGAAGGUGGUAAGAGUUCAACUCCACAAUGGGAAAAAAACCAUGGACACCUAUGCUGUGCUGGAUGAUGGUUCAGAGAGAACCAUAAUAUUGCCUGCUGCUGUAAAGUUCCUCGGCCUAGCCCCAACAGACGAGACUCUGGCCCUCCGAACCAUCAGGCAGGAUGUCCUGCAGCUGCAUGGGGGAAGCCUAUCAUUGGAGGUGUCCACUAAAGCUAAGCCGAAGGUGAGGCAUCAAAUACUAAAUGCAUUCACAGCAGAACAACUGGCUCUGGCAGAGCAAUCUUGCCCGGUGGAAACACUCAAAAGGAAGUACAGUCACCUGCAACGACUUCCCCUCACAGGUUUCAGCAAGGUGAAACCUAUGAUCCUGAUUGGAUCAGAUCACCCGCACCUUAUCACUCCGGUAUGCCCAGUGAUUCGUGGACCACCUGGAGGGCCAGUAGCAGUCUGCACGGAGCUGGGGUGGGCGCUGCAGGGACCUGCCAAGAGUCUUCCACAUCCAGCGGCUGGACAGGCAUGCUUGCACUCAUCAUUCAUCCCACAGACAUCAGAGCUCUCCAAGGAUGUUGAGAGGCUAUGGCAGCUUGACGUCCUCCCUUUUAGGAAUGAAAAGGAGGUUACCAGGUCCAAGGAGGACCAGCAGGCAAUCGACAUUCUUGAAUCCAGGACAGUCCGAGUACAGGUAGAGGGAGUCCACCGAUAUGCUACUCCCUUGCUGCGCCGCGCAGGGUUUCCUCAGGUGAAGGCACCUGAAGGGGCUGUCAUGGCUCUUCUGAGAGCCAAUGAGCGUCGGCUACGCAAGGACCCCAGCAGAGCACAGACAUACAACGAAGAGAUCAAAAAGCUGGAGAAGGCAGGCUAUGUGGUAAAGCUGACUCCGGAGGAGGUGCAUGGUUCCACUGAAUCCUGGUACAUUCCACACCAUCUUGUGCAUCACAACAACAAAGCCCGCCUAGUCUUCAACUGCUCCUUCCUGUACCAGCAAACUGCCCUUAAUGACCUCCUGCUGCCAGGCCCCACGCUUAGCCCCUCACUCCUUGGUGUGUUAAUCCGAUUCCGCCAGCAUGCUGUGGCCAUAAGCGGUGACAUAAAGGCCAUGUUUCAUCAGGUGCGCCUGCUUCCCGAAGAUCAGCCUCUACUUCGCUUUCUGUGGAGGAGUGGACAGCAGGAGCGCCCACCUGAUGUGUAUGAAUGGCGAGUGUUACCAUUUGGUACAACCUGCAGCCCCUGCUGUGCCACUUACGCUUUACAGCGGCAUGUGCGAGACCACCGUGAGGGGAAUGAGGAGGUGUAUGAGUCUGUCCAUACAGCUUUUUAUGUCGACAAUUGUCUGCAGUCUCUUCCGACUCCCUGCCAGGCUAAACAGCUACUGGACCAAAUGAGACAGCUACUGGCCAGGGGAGGAUUUGAGAUACGGCAGUGGGCUAGUAAUGUGCCAGAGGUGGUGUCCCACCUGCCUACUGCGGCCCGUUCUGACAGCUGUGAGCUCUGGCUGACCUUUAACCAAGCUGAUCCACAAGAGUCGAUGCUUGGGUUACGUUGGCAUUGCCCCACCGAUACCUUGGGGUACAAGCAUCGCCCAGUCUCCUACGCAACACCAACUCUUCGCAAUGUGUACAAGGUGCUUGCCAGCCAGUAUGACCCUCUAGGGUUUAUCAUUCCCUAUACCACUAGAGGGAAGAUUCUUGUACAAUCGAUGUGGCAGAAGGAGAUGGGCUGGGAUGAACCUAUCACUGGUGUCCUUCGUGCCACCUGGGCAGAAUGGGAAAAGGAGCUGCCGUACCUGCAGAACAUUACCUUACCGAGGUGUUAUGUGCCACCUGCUACAGACUCUCCGAGUUGCACGUUUGAGCUGCACGUGUUCUGUGAUGCCUCCGAGAAAGCGUAUGGAUCGGUAGCUUAUCUGAGGACCACAGAUUGCCACGGACAUGCCAGCACUUCAUUCCUGUUGGCCAGAUCCCGAGUCGCUCCUCGGAAGAGAUUGUCCAUGCCUCGGCUCGAGCUCAGUGCUGCUCUCACUGGCGCGCAGCUUGCCAAGACUCUCCAAACUGAACUUACCAUACCCCUGCAGAAUACCAUCUUGUGGACUGACUCUACUACCGUGCUGAGUUGGUUGCAGUCAGAUUCCUGCCGGUACAAGGUCUUUGUCGGGACUCGAAUUGCUGAAAUCCAGGAGCUCACCAGUUCUCAUCAGUGGAGGUAUGUCACGUCAGCAGAAAACCCGGCUGAUGACAUCACCAGGGGGAAGGAACUCUGUAGUCUUUCGGCAGACAGCCGUUGGGCUCAGGGCCCCGAGUUCUUGCAACAAAGUUCGGCACACUGGCCCUCCCAACCUACUGGUAGGGCUGAGACUACAGAUGAGCUGCGCAAGGGGAGGUUAUGUGGGCUGGUCACAGUGGCCCAGACUCCUACUCCAGACCCUGGAAACUUCACAUCUUGGGAGGAGCUUGUGGAAGCUACUUACUAUGCGCGCCACGGGGCGGCUUCUCCUCCAAUGACCGCCAUUGAUCGUGUGGAGGCCGAGAUAGCCAUUUUGAAGUCAGCUCAGUGUGACAGUUUUCCGGAGGAGGUGGUAGCUCUGAUGAAGGGACGGACUCUGGCCCUGAAUAGUCGACUUUGUUCGCUCUGCCCUGAGUAUGAUCAGGUUACUGGCCUGAUAAGGGUUGGAGGACGCCUGAGACGUGCCGAAGGUCUGGACUCAGACACCAUACACCCUAUUGUGCUACCUCCCGAACACCCGGUAACUAAGCUCCUUGUCCAACACUUUGACACGAUUCUGUUGCACCCUGGUCCAGAGCGCGUCUUUGCAGAGAUACGGCGCGCUUAUUGGAUCAUUAGAGGGCGACAAGUAAUCCGGAGACAUCAAAGACAAUGUGCAGAGUGCCAGAAAUGGCGGGGGAGGCCUGCUUCCACCAAAAUGGCUGAUUUGCCGGCAGCGAGACUCCGGAUCCACAAACCUGCUUUCUGGUCAACGGGAGUUGAUUGCUUCGGUCCCUACACCAUCAAGAUAGGCCGGAGGCAUGAGAAGCGCUGGGGCAUAAUCUUUAAGUGCCUAACCACCCGAUGUGUACACCUGGAUUUGCUGCCAAGCCUGGACUCAGACGCUUUCCUCAUGGCUGUGCGAAGAUUUGUCUCUCGACGGGGUACCCCAUUCGAGAUAUGGUCAGAUCAGGGCACUAAUUUCCGAGGGGGUGCUCGAGAGUUACAGGAAGCUUUCUCUAUGAUGACGCCCAUUCUUCAGGCACAGCUAGCAAAGCAGAGGAUAGCCUUUCAUUGUAAUCCACCGCAUGCCCCCCACUUUGGGGGAGCAUGGGAACGGGAGAUAAGGUCGGUUAAGGGGGCACUCCAGGUCAUCCUGAAGAAUCAGAUUGUGACGGAAGAAGUCCUCUGCACGGCUCUCCUUGAAGUAGAAGGGAUCCUUAAUGCGAAACCUCUUGGUUACGCAUCCUCGGAUAUUGCUGAUCCUGACCCCAUUACACCAAAUCUCCUGCUUAUGGGGCGGCGGGACGCUUCACUGCCGCAGGUGAUUUACGGACCAGGGCAUUUUAUCACCAGUCGAAGAUGGAAACAAAGCCAGGUCAGGUUGUCAUGA